AUGAAUGAUUUUGAAGUACAACAUCUAAGACAGGAAGUAGAACAGACGAAAAUUCAAAUCAAUGUAAAUGAAACAGAGAUAUCUCAGUUUAAAGAACAAACAGAGAAACAAAAGAGUCUGAUUGAUGUUAAGGAAACUGAGAUUCGACAAGUGCGCGAACGAUUGAAACAAAAAAAUAUUCAAAUUAACGCACAUGAAAAUCAUAUUCACGAGUUGAAAGAAGAAACGAACCAACAACAAAGUAAAAUCAAUAUCCAGCAAGUUGAGAUUAAACAGCUGAAAGGGCAGUUAAAACAAAGAGAGAACCAAUGUAGCAUAAAUGAAACACAUAUCAAUCAAUUUAAAGAACAAACAGAUAAGCAAAAGAGUUCGAUCGAUAUUAAGGAAGUCGAAAUUCGCCAGGUGAAACAACAAAUAAAACAAAAAAAUAUUCUGAUUAGCACGCAUGAAAGUCAGAUUCAGGAACUGCAAGAAGAAACGAAGCAAAAAACGAGCCGAAUCAAUACUCUGCAAGUCGAGAUUAAACAAUUGAAAGAGCAGGAAAAACAAACAGAAAGUCAAUGCUACAAAAAUGAAGUAGAUAUUGAUCAGUUGAGAGCAGAAACAAAGAAGCAAAAUAUUCAAAUAAAAUUGUACGAGACUGAGAUUCGGCAAAAAAAAGAGCAAUCAACCAAGCAUGAGACUGAAGCUAAUUCAAACACAGUCGUAAUUCGACAAUUAAAAAACAAGUUGGAGCAACGAGAGACUGAAAUCAGUUCUAAUACAGUGGAAAUUCAACAAAUGAAAGCACGAUUAGAGCAACAAAAGAAUGAAAUUGAUUUCAACACAGCAAUAGCUCGACAACUGAGAACGCAGCUGGGGCGACGAGAGGCUGAAAUCGAUUCCAAUUCGAAUGUAAUUAGACAACUAAAAAUGCAACUGGAACAACGAGAGAAUCAAAUGAGCUCAAUCAAAGCUCAGCUUAUAAAGAAAGAACACCGUUCUGGAGGUUAUAAUCUAUCCCUCCAACACAUAGCUAAUGAUUGGAAGAUUUUCAGAUAA